AUGCAGCCGCUCAGUUUGCAGAUGAUACCAGACUGGGAGGAGCAGCUGAUACACUUGGGCAUUUGGAGGGCCCUUGGCAGACUGGGUGUACCUCAGUUACCAUGUGCCAAAGCGUUGUAUAACUACGAGGGAAAAGAACCUGGAGAUCUUAAAUUCAGUAAAGGAGACGUCAUCAUUUUACGUCGACAGGUGGAUGAAAAUUGGUAUCAUGGAGAAGUCAAUGGCAUUCACGGCUUUUUUCCUACCAACUUUGUUCAGAUUAUUAAACCUUUACCUCAGCCUCCGCCUCAGUGCAAAGCACUUUAUGACUUUGAAGUAAAAGACAAGGAAGCAGAUAAAGACUGUUUACCAUUUUCAAAGGACGAUGUUCUGACUGUAAUUCGCCGAGUGGAUGAAAACUGGGCGGAAGGAAUGCUGGCUGACAAGAUAGGGAUAUUUCCCAUCUCAUAUGUUGAGUUUAACACAGCAGCCAAGCAGCUGAUAGAGUUGGAUAAGCCCUCGGGCUCUGCUGUAGACUCUGGAGAAGGUACCUCUGGGGCAGCCCAUAACAACUCAACCCAAAAGCACACUGAUACCAAGAAAAACACCAAAAAACGGCACUCUUUUACCUCCCUCACGAUGUCCAACAAGUCUUCGCAGUCUUCUCAGAACCGCCAUUCGAUGGAAAUCAGUCCUCCUGUUCUCAUUAGCUCCAGUAACCCAACUGCAGCCGCCCGCAUAAGUGAGCUGACAGGACUUUCCUGCAGUGCCCCUUCUCAGGUUCAUAUUGGUACCACAGGACUGAUUGUGACUCCACCUCCUAGCAGCCCAGUUACAACAGGGCCUUCAUUUACUUUCCCUUCAGAAGUUACCUACCAAGCAGCUCUUGGU